AUGAGGAGAGACAACGCACAAAAUAACCAUGAAUUCCGCGGGUUGCAGCGGCUUUUUAUCCCACCAUAUUUAAUUGUGUUGCUCGCGGAGAGUUUACAAGCCCCAUUCCUCUACGUCCUCUACCACAGCUACCGGUUUAUCCCGUCGCAAAUUGCCGCCCUGCACUCGACUGGACUUUUUGCUUGCAUGAUCGUCUCCUCACUCUCUAACCGUUUGAUACGAAAGUAUGGGACGAGAAGCUUGUGUCUGCUCUGUACAUCUACAGCCGGAGUCGCCUGUUUGCUGAAAUUUUCGAGCUCCUUCCUCCUGCUCUUUGUCAGUCGUCUCCUCGACGGCAUUUCCGCUGCUCUAGUCACGGCCGCUUUUCAGGAAUGGUACGCUGAGCGUCACAUCACCCGUAUGGACUUCCCACCCGAGUGGAUCGAGGCCACGUUCGCAAAAGUGGCAUCUGGGGCCGCACUCGGGGCAGUGUUGGCCGGAUGGAUUGCACAGAUGGUCGAGGGAUCCACUGGCGUCAUCGGGAUGCCAUUUGCCUUUUCGGCACUUCUGAUGGUAGCAGCCGGAUUCCUGAUCGGCUCGCGUUGGGAUGGGGGUAAGCCGGCUGCUGUGGACGCGCCGGCUACUCUGUCCUUUGGAAAGGAACUCUCGAUUCUCCUCCGCCAACCGGUGGCCCUCGUACUGUCCGUGAUCACCGUUUUCUGCGAGUCGGCCCUGCAAAUCUUCAUCUUUGCCUGGUCGCCAAUUUUGCUCAAGUCAAAGGCGAUCGAGGGCGAAAAUUUGGGUUUUGGCGCCGCCUAUGCGUGCCUGAUGGCUUUUGCCUUGGUGGGAGCCCUGUUUUUCCAUUCGCCACCGGCGAGGGGGAUUCCAGCAUCGAGGACACUGGCUGGAGCACUAAUGGGAAGCGUUUUGGCCCUAUUCCUCACCUACAAACACCUGCCCGAGUCGUCGUUGCACUGGAAGACGGCCAACUUCCAGUGGCUCCUCUUGACGUUCUGCGCUUUUGAGGCUACGGUGGGGCUGUUGAGCCCGGCGUUGGCAAAGUUAAAGGCCGAAUUGACUCCUUCUCUCGGUCGUGGCUCCCUAACAAACAUCCCGGUUACCGUGAUCGCCUCAGCGGCCAUUAUCCUCCUCCACCCGAUGGGCGAUGCGCAACGCAGUCUUGUGAUCACGGCGUUGUGUCUUCUCAUAAUGGCCACCUUCCUUGCUAUCCUGCUGGACCUCGUCUUGGCGUCCCGAGGCGGGGAUACGCAACGGCCACUGUCCUUGUCGCAGCCCCGCCCGGUCGCCUCUCACCCCACCGUACACCAGACGCCCAGCCAGGGU